AUGUCCAAAUCUCGUCCCAUCGAACCAAACGUGUUGAAAGCAGCUGUUUUCAUCUGCGUCUCCUUCUGCUCCUCGUAUCUGUUCCUACUCUCGCCGCGGAGCGUGGAGUCUCCUUUUGAAUUGAGUUUGGCUCCAGUUCAGACUUGUUUAUCUCACACUGACCUCUGCCUCAGACACGCUGUCUUCUCACGCGAGAGAGGAAAGGAGGCUAUCAAGGAGCUAGUGAAGGAGGCAAGCAAGGAGCUAGAGAAGGAGCUAGUGAAGGAGGUAGUGGAGGAGGAAAGUGAGGAGCUAGUGGAGGAGGUGAGCAAGGAGCUAGUGAGGGAAGCGAGCGAGAGGCUUGUGAAGGAGGUGAGUGAGGAGCUAGAGAAGGAGCUAGUGUCGGAGACGAGCAAGGAGCUAGAUAAGGAAGUAGUGGAGGAGGUGAGAGAGGAGCAAGUGAAGGAUGCGGCUGAGGGGCUAGUGGAGGAAGCGAGUGAGGGGCUAGUGGAGGAAGCGAGUGAGGGGCUAGUGGAGGAAGCGAGUGAGGGGCUAGUGGAGGAGGUGAGUGAGGGGCUAGUGGAGGAAGCGAGUGAGGGGCUAGUGAAGGAAGCCAGUGAGGGGCUAGUGAAGGAAGCCAGUGAGGGGCUAGUGGAGGAGGUGAGUGAGGGGCUAGUGGAGGAGGAGGUGAGUGAGGGGCUAGUGGAGGAGGCGAGUGAGGGGCUAGAGGAGGAGGCGAGUGAGGGGCUAGUGGAGGCGGCGAGUGAGGGGCCAUUUGAGGAGGCGAGUGAGGGGCUGGUGGAGGAGGUGAGUGAGGGGCUAGAGGAGGAGGUGAGUGAAGGGCUAGGAGAGGAGGUAAGUGAGGGGCUAGUGGAGGAGGUGAGUGAGGGGUUAGUGAAGGAAGCGAGUGAGGGGCUAGUGGAGGAGGUGAGUGAGGGGUUAGUGGAGGAGGUGAGUGAGGGGUUAGUGAAGGAAGCGAGUGAGGGGCUAGUGGAGGAGGUGAGUGAGGGGCUAGUGGAGGAGGUGAGUGAGGGGCUAGUAGUGGAGGAGGUGAGUGAGGGGCUAGUGGAGGAGGUGAGUGAGGGGCUAGUGGAGGAGGUGAGUGAGGGGCUAGUGGAGGAGGUGAGUGAGGGGCUAGUGGAGGAGGUGAGUGAGGGGCUAGUGGAGGAGGUGAUUGAGGGGCUAGAGGAGGAGGUGAGGGAGGGGCUAGUGGAGGAGGUGAGUGAGGGGCUGGUGGAGGAGGUGAUUGAGGGGUUAGUGGAGGAGGUGAUUGAGGAGCUAGUGGAGGAGGUGAGUGAGGGGCUAGUGGAGGAGCUGGGGCAGGUCCAAGGCUGCUGCUGCGACAUGUAUUGUGUCCAGUGA